AUAGAGGCUUUUGCUUCGGUACCACAUGCAGUCUAACUGAAUCAUUAGAACCCGUCGGUUCAUCACUGUAUACAAGCACUCCGGUAUCGGUGACGGCACGCUAUGGCACGUGGAAUUUUUAUUGUCUGCAUGAUCGCUGCCGUGGCAAGAACCGCACUGUCGGCACCGAAAGCUAGAGUUUCUAGUAAGAAUAUUCAAGAUCGCAUACAGCAGUUAGCGAAGGACUUCGAGGCUCAUCUUCAAGAUGCCUUCGUGCCUCGACAUUGCGCGGACUUGCUUGACAACGGCCAACACAUAAGCGGAGUGUACACCAUCUUCCACGAGGCUGCUGGAACUUCGGGACAAGAUGUAUACUGUGACAUGGACACUGACGACGGAGGAUGGACAGUCAUUCAACGCCGUGGGCAAUACGGACACAAUGCUUACUACUUUUACCGGAACUGGACUGAGUACGCCAAUGGUUUCGGAAACCCAGCUGAUGAGUACUGGAUUGGUAACAAAGCGCUGCACGUUCUCACGUCAGGGGACGAGAAAAUGGUACUGCGAAUCGUAUUGAGCAACAGCACUGAAGAUAGCACGUAUUUUGAUUACAAGACUUUCAUCGUAGCAAGUGGAGAGGAACUGUUUCAACUACGGAUAGGAGAUUUUACGGGAAUGACAGGUGACCCUAUGGAAAGGCUUUCAGGCCAGAAAUUCUCAACCUACGAUCGUGACAGUGAUGCCUCGGCGUUCAACUGCGCUGAGCGCUUGCGUGGUGCCUGGUGGUACCUCAUCUGUGACCCCAGUACCAGUAACCUCAAUGGACUCAACUUGAAUGGCCACCAUGACAGCUUCGGGGAUGGUAUUGUGUGGGAAGGUACGUCUUCGGACGGUGCGCACUACUCUUACCCGAAAGUUGAAAUGAUGAUCCGACCAGCGAAAUAGAUAACUGGUCAUCCUUUGUUAAGUGCCACGAAACCAUGGCAAUAGAGCACCUAUGCAAAACGAAGAGGCGAGCCAGUUGCUACUCAUCCAUGACAACGUAGAUGUAGCGCGAAAAAACACGGACAAGAAAGGGUACACCACAAGCGCUUAACACAGAACACAGAACAGAUGUUUAUACAGAAAUAUCCGACACUCCGACUGCCUGUCAGCAGGCUACACCUUAAGGUAAAGAACUUUUUUGUUAAACCCAGUUAAUUAAUUGAAAAAACUAUUAUGAACUGCAUCUUAAAUGUACGCAAUCAAGCUUGUUUUGAUAUUCGACAACUUUUUUGUAUUUUAUUACAAGUAUUCAUCUACAUACCUAUGUUUGCAUUGACGACAUGUAGAAGAUCUGAAGUGUGUUCCUAAUAAAAACUAUGCUUUCAUUGGG